ACCACAUUUAUGACCAUUUACGACCAUUUACGACAUAUUUACUCACACCUUUUAUACCAGCUACCAUUCACACGGAACCCUCGAGCCUCUUUCCAAGGUUCAUCUCACAUCUGCACAGUCUCACUGCAUCUCUACAGUUUGAGAGAUCCGAUUGCUGACCGCCAUUGACACGAUAAAUGCUUCAUCAGAUUUUCUUUCUUGAAUCUUGGGAUUCCUAAUUCUUUAACUUCAUGGAGUACUUCUAUUCUAUGAUUCCAUGAUUUUCCGGACUCCCCAGACUCUUUUAACUCCGGUAUGAUCGACUCCAGGGGUUACGCCACUCACUCUUAUUGAGUCCCCACAACUUAAACCCUUGCCCGGAUUUUCAACUGAAUGUCGGGCUUCUUUGUCCGGAAUCUCUCUUUUUCUCGAACUCUUCUCCUUUCGUGGUGAAGGAGCUUUGUGUGCUCUUAAGCGUACAACAUACUUGCAUUUUGCGCUUUCGUCGAAACUGAUUGGAUAUCCCAACCUUGGAAGUGUGAUCCGUCUAAACUUGGUUUAGCCCCUUUGGAUCGGGUUUGAGCCUCUCAUCACUGGAUGCAUAUGCAUAAUCCACUGAAGAGGAUCGUUUCACAUACAUUCUCAACAUUUCGACCUUGGAAAUCCAUUCAAUACAUUAUCAUCUGUGGAGAUAACGAAAUUGUCUACUAUCAGCCACGUCAUGAUCACAGACGUCAUUUGGAUUUCCAGCCCAACACCCAUCCCUCUAACGGAUGACCAAACCCAAUCUACUUGAACUCCCCUUGGGAGUUCAGCUCGUCUACCUUGCCGAGGGAGGAGCAAAUGUGAUUUAUCGAUUUGUCGGAAAACCAGUACUCGCUAAAAAAGACCCCAAGAGGCCACUAUCUCCACCUACACUCGACACGGAUCACGGCAACAUACCAACCAAACUCAAGGGGAAAUUGCUGCGACUCCGCAAAGAAACCGCAGCCGACAUCUCCUACACAGAGAUCGCCCGAAACUUCGACACUAUCAUCCGACCGUUAUUUAACCCCGAAGAACUAGUCGACCAAACCCUCAUCAGACUCCCCGAAGGUCUCCUCUCCAGCUGCAACGAGCAACUCCGGACCGCCGAACGAAACGGCGCGCGUCCAACGAAGCGCCAUGGCAGCUAUCUCUGUCUGCAUGAGCCAUUCGGCCUUCUCAUCACCGACAUGACGACGGCCGGAGACCCGGGCGCCAGCCUAGCCGAGCUGAAACCCAAAUGGCUCAACCAGUCACCAUCAGCGCCGGCGACAGCACAUAGGUGUCGGACCUGUGCGCUACGGGAGAUGAAAAACCGCGAGUCGCAACUCUCAGGCCUGAAAGUGCAGCGGUCGUUCUGUCCGCUGGAUCUGGUGUCGGAGCAGUAUGAGGAUGUGUUGCGGGCGACUGGGUUGAUUAAGGGCUGCAAGGAUCGAUCGCGACUAGCUCGCAUUUUGUAUCGGAACCCGACGCUUCAAAGGCUGCAGUCGCUGCAGAAGACUGAGAGGGAUGUCGGGCUGCAUGGUCCGGCGGCGCAGUCUCAGGAGAUGUCGCUUGCGAUGACGCUGCGGGACUGUACGAUGUUCAUCAAGAUCCCUCAUGACGAAAAGUCACCUGUAGAAAUCCGUCUUGGCGACCUCGAUCUGAAGACAGGCGCCGGCGGGAAAGCUGGCUACUGGCGAGACCUGGAAACACGGCUGAUUGAUCAGGGCUGGUAUCAGAGAAGCAAUAUCAGCCAAGAUUCGGGCGAGUGCGGUUUGCAUAGCCCGCGAAGACCCUCUCAGUCCUAUUUAGCAUGAGACUAUAUCAACGUCGUCUGGAAUGGCGGUUCGAAUUCUUGAUGCAUUGCGAUUUCUUUGAUGACUUGGACAGAGACAACGGAUGCCUUGAGUGUGAUUGGCAUGGCUCGUUUGUUUGUAUAGUAAUUCCUUGGACUUUUAUGAUUUAUUUUCGGGGGCUUUUU